AUGCUGCUACUUUCAUAUCAGCUGCCCACACUGCCCACCCUUACCCCGGAGCAGCACGAGCUCUUCAGCAACAUCAUGAAGAGCCCCGAGUUCGAGACGAUCAGGAGGGACAUUGCGGCUAGUGCCCGCCUGAUGAAUGGCCUAAAAGACCUGCAAACUCCAUUCCCCUUGGCCACGCCGACACCGACGAAACUCUUCGGAUCCCAGGGCAACGAAUCCAAUGAGCAGCGACAGUACGCUCAAGGUUUUUUGGACGCCCUCAUCCACAUCCAAAAACUCGACGGGUUCAAGUACGACCAAACCCUCGUCUCGCCGUCAUUAGUAACGCCCGUUCUACGCGGCCAAGUCGCCGAUCCGUUGAUGAGUCCACUGCUGAGUCCGCACAAUACUCUUGACCUCAACGCCGUCAUCCAGGCCUUUUCCAACCCUGUCACUCCGGUUUGCUCGGCACCGCCGUCCCUGCCCUCGAUUUUGAAUGCCUUGGAUGAGAGUCGAUUGGGAACCUCAUCUCUGCCUUCAGCUUUCUCCGCGCCGUUAUCGUCUACAUUCUUGCAGGCAAGCGCCUCGACCUCCGUCUGCUCGACGGUCAGCUCCUCAUCCUCCUCCGCCGCUUCAGCCUCCUCUUCCGGGGCCCUGCUCGCACCAUCCGGGAGCAACAGCUUGAAUCUGAGCUCUUUCCCGACAACAAGCCUCAAUCUGCCCCCGCCACUGCCCUUCAACGCCUUCAAAUUCUCGGCCGAUCCUCUACCCACCAUGCCAUCCUUCCCCACACGGCUCGAGCAGCCCGAGCCGUUCAGCCAGGAGAUGAAGAUCGAGAUUCCAUGCUCAAAGGGCUCGAUCAGCGACGAUGACAUGUCUUCCCGAUCCUCAUCUACCGGUCCCUCGUCAGCUGGAGGUCGCAUUUUACCCUCGAAGAGCGGCGACUUCGACGGAAUCCACGUCGACGAGAAUGAGCGGCGGAAACUGGAGCGCAAGCGACUCCGCAACCGCAUGGCCGCCUCCAAGUGCCGCCAAAAGAAGCUCGAAAAGAUCCAGGAGCUCGAGCAGUUGGUUAAUGAGGAAAAGUAUACGGCCUCCAAGUUGGAUCAAGAACUCGCCACGCUACGCCUGUAUAUGGAGGAUUUGCAGCGAAAGGCAAUGUACCACGCCCAAAACGGUUGCCCACUGCCCCCAAUUCUACAUCACAAGCUGAACGGACAU